AUGGCGAAAGUAAAUGAAAGUGACAGAGACAGUUCGCCGCGAGGAGGUAGAAAGGCCCCGCGCUCUACAAAGAAGGAAGAAUUCGUAUCAUUUACAAUAAACCUUUUUACCUUGGAAGUUAGUAAGGUCAGAAAUGGAACUAUGUCGAAUCCUGUUGUCUAUAUAAUCGAUAGUGAAGAAGAAGAUAAAGACGUUCCAGAGGUUAUUGAAGACGACGAGGACGAUGUAUUAUUGAAUACAACGUUUGACUUUUCCCCUCCGGAAGUCUUGAACAGAUUAAGAGACGGAGAUGAAACGGAUGAAACAGGACCACGACGAGGCACGCGGGUCCGAAAAACUAUUGCUCAUACGGGUUUCGUGCCAACGGUCGAGGCCAUACCCCCGCGAGGUAGGGUUCGAUCGCAGGAAGAUUACGCGAAAAACGACAAACCAUCGUAUCAGUUCUCCUUAUCGUCAUUGUUACGCGAAAAGAAAGAGAGGGAUAGGUCGGGAUAUAAUAUCGAAUUUCUUGAGAAAAGCCUCGAUAAUGACAUGGAAUUGGGCGAUAUUGACGAUCCUUUCACUGACUUUGAUCUAGAGAGUGUGACAACGAACAUUAUUCCCGAGUAUCGAAGGGAACAUUUACAAAGGAUUAUCGCAGAAGAACAAAGGACUUGUUUUGAGCGACAAUUAAACUUUUUUGAAUCAAUACCCGAGAGAUUGCCUGAUCCAAUAUUGGAUACAAAUGAUUUUUUGGCAAGGGAUACUGUAUAUAGGCUUUUAUUGGAAGCUUCGUUUGUAGAUGACGCAAGCACACACGAAAUCCUUUGCAGUAAUUGGAUUUCUCAGCAAUACAAAGUCGGUUGGGAAUUGCCUGUUGAAGUGGUCAAAUGGUUGCUCAAAGUGGUCAGUUUUGAAAGUAAUGAAAUUUUUGCAGGAGCUGCAUAUCAUACACUAAAACGACUAACAGAAAUAUGUACAAGUGCAAAGAUGUCUUCAUGUGAAAUCAGGAUACCGUUCCUAUUUAUAUUUGAGAUAUUGGAAGAAUAUGGUGCGCCACCGGCUCUAUUGGGAUGCAGAUGUCGUUUGACGGAACGCGCUAUUCAAAUGUCUUCUGUGCCGGAAUCAUCUCCUUGCUGGGCGUACUUGGACAAUCUACGGUUAUUAUUACGAAUAAUGGUUCCAUUGGUCGGAAUCAAAUGGCUGUCAUUCUCAGCUGAUGACGAUAUAAGAAAGGCUAUUAGUGCACUUGUUCGUCUGUCAUUUGACGUACGUUUGCGGUGCAUAUCAAGUGAUUUAGAGCUUGCAAUAGGUUCUCUUUUGGAUGCCAUUGAUGGCUCGCAAUGGACCGCGCAAGUGAAACUCCUCUGCAAGGAUAUAACAUGGUCCAUUGGCGGUUCACUAUACUUUAAUAUAGCAUUAUUGGAACGUUUACCCGUUUCUAAGCGUGGUCUAUUAUUACGUCGAUUACUGGCCUUUAAUUUCCUACUCUCCAAGAAAGCCAUACCUUGGAGUCUUGACAAAAUAGACGUAUCUCAACCCAUAUCGCUCGAACCAAUUUUGAUACUCUUUUCGGAUUCAUCACCAACAUUCAAGAUUACCAAGAACACCGACUAUGACGAGCUGGCAAUGUUAGUAUCCAUAUUAGGAUUUGCACUUGAUGAUGAAAGUCAAUUGCGACAAAACAAGCAAGUCACUGAAGAGUUAAUUAGCAAGAUAAAGCAACUUCAGGGAAAGAUAGUCGACCACAAAGCUGCCUUUAUAGAUCGAACCAAGUCAAAAGAUGUUAUACAACGACUAUUCAUGAGAUUAUACUACGUGGUGAGGGAUGAAAGAAGAAGCAGCUCUUCCCUAAAAAAUUUUACUUCCUCUAAAAAUACGCAUAAUCCAUUAAACGUUAUGUAA